CAAUCACAAUAUACCUUAAUUACCAUAAAGUAACACAGUUCGCAUGAUUAUUUCUGAUCGCGUAACGUGAAAAGCGGCGAAAUGGCGCACGACAUGACGUCACUCGCACGUAUAAGUUCGGCGACUAUAAACGCUGCACGCGAUUGGUCACCCCCCUGACCACUCCGAGAGGCAGUUCUUGUUAUUUUGUGGAGUUUUUUGCGCAUUGCAUUAUUGUACCUGGGUUAAAAAAGGUAUCGCGACAAACGCUGAUUUGUUUCAGGAAGUGGGUACGUUCUAGUUUCAGAGUGUAAAAGUACCUUUUUUUUUGUACUGCUUUGACAGACCAUAUGCUAUGUCUGGACACGGGCAUGGGCACGGACAUGGGCAUGGUCACGGGUGUUGUGAAGAUGAACAUGAACCCGCUGAACGUGGUGUGGAGUAUGGACUGUACAGACGCAUUGACAUCGAGAAGCUGCAGUGUCUCAAUGAGAGCCGAGAUGGAGACGGAAAACUCGUGUUCAAGCCCUGGGACCAGCGUACAGACAGGGACAAGUUUGUAGAGAGUGAUGCUGAUGAGGAACUCCUGUUCAACAUCCCGUUUACUGGAAGUGUAAAGCUGAAAGGGAUUAUCCUUUCUGGAGAAGAUGAUGAGUCUCACCCAGCUGAAAUGAGGCUAUACAAGAACAUACCGCAGAUGUCAUUUGAUGAUACAAGCAGAGAACCAGAACAAGCAUUUCGUAUUAACAGGGAUCCACUGGCUGAACUGGAGUAUCCAACUAAGAUUGCACGCUUUUCUAACGUCAACCACUUGUCUAUUCAUAUUCCUCGAAACUUUGGGGCUGAUUCUACUCGUGUCUACUACAUUGGACUUCGGGGAGAAUAUGCUGAGGCUCACAGACAUGAAGUGACCAUCUGUAACUAUGAGGCAGCAGCAAAUCCAGCAGAUCAUAAAUUGGAAGCGAUUACUCCGCAGACACACUUCAUUUCAUGACAGAUCAUAUCAUAUGAGCUUAAGUUGUCUUGUGGAGUGGAGAGUGGAUAGGUGUGGAUGAAUUUUGAUAUUGAGGUAUUAAUUCGAUCACAGAUUUACAUUAAGAGAAGAAACAUGUUUGGAGAGGAAUCGUGAUUGCUCAUGGAGCAGUUCAGCUGAAACUUUUUUGUGUGCCAAUAAAUAUUCUGAGAUGGAGAAAAAGCA